CUAGACUGACGAACGUAGUUACCGAACACACCUUCUUGCCGUGAAUGGCGCGUCGCGUUGUGUGGGGGCGGGAGCGGCUGGCGUGCACGUCACUUUCGGCAGAACCGUGGGCGGACUGUGGGAAUCGCGGCGUUCUUUAUCCAGGCUGAGCUCAAGAUGUUUCUGAAGAAUGGAGCUGCAUGCACAGUAUGAUGGACUUCCCAUAUAUUGAUGAACAGGUGCCAGAUGAGUCCUCACAGCAGCGGGCGCUGCCGGUAUGCCGGGCGCCGCAGCGGCUGCACAGCUGGUACUCUGAGUCGUCAGAGGACGCGGCCGUCGGUCGCGGCCCAUUCGCCGACGAGAUCAGCGUCAACAACCUACUGGAUGAGGCCGGCAGCUGGUCGGCCUGUGAAGAGGAGGAGGCUGGCCAGCCGGACUGGCCGGUCCCUUCGCAGCCCGACUCUGACCCGGUCUCCACCGUCAGCGACGCCGUGCCCGUCCACAACGGCCUUGGUCAGGCGCCGGACAGCGGCUACAGCGACCAGAGCAGCGCCCAGACACAGGAGUGUGACACGCCAUGCCACGGCCGGUCGGCGGCGCCGACGCGACCGGCGCCGGAGCGCGAGCUGCCCAGUCUGCUGCAGGACGUGCUGGCCGCCGUCGGGCCGCCCAGCUACGUCGGAGACGUCCGCGUUACCGGCAGCAGCGAUGUGGUCAUCGGCAACGUCAUCAAAUGUGGAAGCAGCGGCCUCUGA